GGAGGAAGCAGGGCGUCCCUGGAGAGGCAGGGAAGGCUCGCUCGAGCUGCGUCCUGGGAGCCUCCGCCAGCCCGCGCUCUUGCUCUGGGACACCGAUGUGCCACCAGCCCCCCGUGGGGUCGCGGUUCUGCCCAUGUUCCUCGCGGGGGCGACCGCAGACGUGCUCAAGAAAGAGCCCUGCUGCGUGUUGAGCGCAGGCGACAGCGUGUGGAUACGGGUCCCCUUCGGUUGGAACCCAAUCGUGCUCGGUGUCGGCAGCAACGUGUUGGACAGCCCCAAGGGCAAGGGCCGCGGCGGCCGCCCGAGGGCUGAGGUGGCGAACGCGAAGGAGUUCGUCAGCGUCCUGUGCCACAUCGCUUUCGACAGUAAGGACAAGGAUCGCUCGAAGAAGGCCUGCAACACAGUGGCCGGUGAUCUCACGAAAAACAGCACCUUUAUUCCGAACGUGUACAAACAGCUGGCCGGUUUCAAGACGUGGAAGGCGGCCUUGGAGGCAGUCGCGGAGCCCCCGGCCCCUGAGGAGCAGGCGGCCCCUGAGGAGCCUGUGGCUUGAUGGCCGGGCUUUCUGGCCACUGAGGACAAACGAGGUGGAUGAGAGGAGGAGGGAGAGAAAGAACCGCUCUUUUAAUUGCUAGUCGACGCCGGGGCGCUGUCGCACUGCAUACGGGAUUCUUGAGACUCUGCGUGCGCGCGGAUCGUGGGGCUUGGAAAAC